AUGGGGCUCUUAGAUCCAAUUUGGGAUGCUUUUAAAAAGACUGGAUUGUUUGAUGCAAUGUAUAUUUAUGUAAUUGAACAUUAUAAAGAUAUUCUGCAACCUGAUAGAUUUAAAUUUAUUGAAUUACAAGCUAAAAAAAUUAAAAAACUUGAUUUAGAUCUUUGUAUACUAGCAAUAUUUUGUCAUCCUAAAACUCGAAAAUUUGCAAUUUCAAAAAAAACAACAUUAUUAGAUAUACAAACAACUGCAAUUAAACUUGUAAAAAAAUGGAAUUGGAAUAGAGAAUCAGCAGUAGAUAUAAAAAAUGGUCUAGCAGAUUAUUUAAAUUUUAUUGGUGACUUUAAUUUAGAUAAAGGAAUUCCAAUAGAUGAUUCACGUAUAUAUUGGGACCAUAAUGAAAUAGAUUCAGAAGAAAUUUAUAAUAUCAAUGAUUGGGAUGAUAAUAUUAAUGAUACUUUAACUUCUAUAGAAUUAAAAGAUGAAUUAGAGACAUUUUUUGAAGAAGAACAAGUGAAACUUAAAGAUAUUACAAAUUUAACACCAAAGUUUAUAAUUGAACAAUUGGUUGAUAUUAACGAUCCUAUUUUUUAUAAUCAAACUGUAUUAAAUAAUUUUAUAGAUAAAAGUUUGGUUAUGGAUGAAAAUAACGAUAGUGAUUGUGAUAUAAAUUCAAUUAUAGAUAAUUA